ACAAUCUUUGUUUUGAGGGGACAGAUUUUAUGGGACGGACCGUCGCUCACGCUGGGGUCAAAUAUCUCUCGAGGAUGUUGCGCUGCCGAUAGAUUUUUUGAUAUGUCAAGUUUUUCACGAUCAGCCCAGCAAUGGGCCACGUUUGCUCGCUCCUGGUUUCUGAUUGAUGCUAGGAUGCAGCCUCCAGGAAAAAUAGCAACUAUGUCUGCUAUUCGACUACAGGGCAAACACAAACCCAUCUAUCAUGCCCUGAGUGACUGUGGUGACCAUGUAGUAAUUAUUAAUAGCAAAGAAAUAGCCUUUUCUGGGAAUAAAUGGGAACAGAAAGUUUACUCUUCACAUACAGGUUAUCCAGGGGGAUUCAAGCAGGUCACAGCUGCUCAACUUCACCAAAAAGAUCCUAAAGCUAUAGUGAAGUUGGCAGUUUAUGGCAUGCUGCCUAGGAAUCUACAUAGACGCACCAUGAUGCAAAGAUUGCACAUUUUUGCUGAUGAUGUUUUGCCAUAUGACAUAAAGGCCAACCUGACAGAAGAACUUCCUCAGCCCAGAGAAGUCCCACGGAAACUCAGUGAAUACUCUCAAGAGGAGAUAGAAGCAUUCCCACGACUUUGGACGCCACCUGAAGAUUAUAAAAUGAAAUGAAGUUGGAUGCUUCCACAUGUAAUCAGCCAGUGUGAUGCUUUGUAUCCGUUCAACUACGUGCAACAGAUUUGGCUGGAGAAAUGUGUCAUUAUUUUGUGCACUUCUGUUUGAGCUGGUUGACAACUUACCACAAUUGUCACACUGUAAGAUCAUAAAAUACCAGGGGCAGCUGUUGCUCACCCAUAUUUUUUUCAGUUGACCUCACUUAUCUUGAGCUCUCCAAAACUGACAUUUAAACUUAGUCUUUGGUUGGAAAUUUUAAACAUGUUAUGAGGUGGCUCAGCAGUGUUGUGUAAAUCAAAUCUUUCUGUGUAAACUAUAAAACAGACUUGUAAAACAUUUAA